AUGACACAUGGUUUGAAAAUGCACAAACUGUUUAGUAAAAGUUACUAUGAUGCAGCUAAAUUGAUCCAGCCUUUUUGGUUAAAAGCCACGGUUGCACCCGAAAAAGAUCAAGUUACUAUUGUUACAACAGCUACAGCAGAUACAUGGGAUGAAUUAGUGAAAUUAACAGGAUAUUGGGAAGGCCCCAUUUCUGUCAUUAUUCAUAUUGAACAAGAAGAUGAAGCCUCGGUCGAGAGAAUUAGCCAAGAAUAUCAAUCUUCUCCCGAUUUAUUCAAGAACGUCAAUGUCCAUCUUGCGCAAAUACCUGGCGACAAGUUGUCUGUCUUGUUUCCUCGUAAUGCAGAACGUAAUUUAGCUCGCUUAUUAUCUCAAACGGAUUAUAUUAUGGAUUUACCUCCCCAUGUGAUCCCUGCUACUGAUUUACACCGUACUUUGGAACUCAAUAAGGAAAGAAUCGAUCAAUUAUUACAAUCCGGCGAUGUCUUGGCAUUACCUACCUUUCAGUUCAAAGACAUGGAUGAAGUAUUAACAGACGAUAUUCCUACGGACAAGAGUCAAUUGAUGGCGAUCAUUAACGAGGAUAAGAUGGUUUUGGAUGACAAACAUUGGAAGGAAAACGAAGGUCCCACUGAUUUAGAGAAAUGGCUGGAAGCUGAGUCUUUAUACGCUGUCGAAAAAUAUGAAUUUCAUUACGAACCUGUCAUCAUCGAAAGUAAAACCAUUCAACCUUGGUGCUCAGAAAGAUUUUUGGAUAGCAGAGCUGCUUGUAUUUUCUCUAGUUAUUUACAAGGUAAUGAAAUUUGGGUUUUACCGUAUGAUUAUAUGGUUCAAUUGCCUAGACCUGCUGAACAAGAAGUAUCAGAUUUUGACAAUGUCGUGGAGAAUAGAAUCUACGCGAAAUUCUAUUGGGAACAGUGUGUCCAUCAUGCUAGACAACUUGAUGCUUUAGGUCUCUGGAAGACUCCGCGUUCCAAGCAUAUUCGUAGCCAGUGCUCCCGUGUCAUCCAGAACUGGGGUAAAGGUUUAAUCGGCAAGCCCGAAUAG